GCGCGGGUCCUUUCGGGCAGGGCACCCCAGGCAACUGGCGGCCCAUCGGGACACAAUUCAGGGGGGGGGGGUUGGAUAUGACAGGCAAAAAGAAAAAGGGGGAGGGGAUAGCAGGGAAAAGGAAAAAGGGGGAAGGGGAGGGCGCCAAGGAGGCCUUUGUGCCGGUCAAGAACGACGACCAGCGCAAGGAUAUUCGCUGGUGCUGCAUAUUCAAGUACUUUAUGAAGGGUCAGACGCAGGAGAGUUGCAAGGGCAACUUCAAGAUGAAGUGCCGCUUCUGCGACAAACCACCUUUCGAGGGCAGUCAGGUGCGGGGUGCUGAGCACUUCACGAAGGGUAGGUGCCCCAAGGUGACACCAGAGGUCCUCGUCGACAUUUGGAAUACCACACAGUACCCUUUCGACCAGCGGCGAGAGAGACAAGUGCGGGAUUACAUGGAGUAUCGUGGCAUCCGGAAUAACAGAGAGGUGGGAGUUGGAGUGCCGGAGGAUGACGAGGUGCAGGAUGUUUUGGACAGGGAGGGGGCGGACAGCGAGGAAGGACAGUGUGGCCGCGAGGACGAUGAGAUGGACACAGGGGUGGAGGGUGGGGGCGAGGGAUCGACGGAGGACGGCGGUGAGGACAAUGUUCAGGAGUUAGGAGCGUCCCUUCAGGGGGGAUCAUUGAAGGCACGACGCACUGCUCAUCAGACAAGGACUCGCGCGCUUAUGGAUGGUCGUGGGAAGAGGAGGGCGGACACCGCUCCUGCGGCAUGCGUGCCGGACCCGAAACGUUUGAAGCAGGUCAAACUGGAUGAGAUGUACGACCCGGAGUGGCAGGCCACCUUCGACCAUCUCUUCCUGCAGUGGUGGUAUAUUGGCGGUGUCUCAUUUGAGAGGGCGAGGAUGCCCGAGUACAGGGCCCUCACGAGACAUUUGCAGAACAUGCCCCGGGGCAUGAAGCCUACUUUGCCCCAGUUCAAGCGCAUAGCAGGCAGUGGCAUACAGGAGGAGCGUGCGUACAUAGCUGAUAAGCUACGUGACAUACGCGAGCAAAUGCAGCACACAGGGGCUACCAUCCUCACGGAUGGGAGGAAGUCCCUGAACUCUGAGCCCAUCGUGAACUUCCUGGCAGCAGGACAGUCAGGCACCUUCCUUUUCACGGCGGUGCGCAUGGAAGGGGUUGACGCAGAGACGUCAGACGUCGUCUUGCAGCACUGGAAGAACGUGUUCGAGAAGUUCAGCGUGAAGAACAUCAACGCCAUCUGCACGGACUCUGCAUCAAUUUAUGUCGCCGCUGGUCGAGCGCUUCGCAACGAUCCCGAUCCAGAUAUCCGUCGCAUCCCUUGGCUCCCUUGUUCUGUCCAUUGCUGCAACUUGAUGUUGUCAGACAUGGUCAAGGAUAAGACAUGGGCCAUCGACUUGUUGACCUGGGCGAGGGCAGUUGCCCGAUUCAUUAGAUGUCACGGAUCGGCUCUCGCGUUGUUCAGGAGUUACAGCGCGAGGGCCGAUCGCAAUGCACGUGCGGACCGUUUGGGUGGCAGCGCCGCGGGCGGAGAGGGGACAGUAGGCAGACCACGACGCAGCCAAGAGUUGUUGUACCCCUGUCAGACGCGAUUCGCGUCUAUGUACAUCAUGAUGGAGAGGUUGCGCGACCGCAGGGUUCCACUUGAGACGAUGAUGUUGGAAGGGGAUUGGGCGCGACUUCCAUGGGAGAGGAGGCUGCUCGGGCAGGUCGGGUGGGUGCGCACACAGGUGCGAUGCGGGCUGUUUUGGGAGGAGAUGGAUGAUCUCAUCGACGUCUUCACCCCGGUCGUGCAGUUGUUGAGGAUGUUGGACCAGGGGGGUUUGGUGAUUUCUUGCAUCUUCCGGUGGGUGACCCAGUUGGCCGAGGAGAUUCGAAAGUUGGAGUCGACAAGACCUCGCCUGGUCGGCAUGGUGCAGGAUUGUUACGCUCAUGCAUGUCAUCUGCUCGAGCCCGCCCAUGCUGCCGCCCAUCUUCUCAAUCCCAAGACGCGGAACUUCGUUUACUUCCAGUCUCCAAGGCGCAGCGAUCAGCAGAAGAAGGUGGCGGAGAUGACACUUGAGUACAUCUACACGCAAACGGGCUUCGACCGGCAGGGAGACAGGUACAGGUUGGUCCUUCAACAGUUGUACGACUUCCACGCGCGCGGGCCGAGGUAUGAUUGGGGUGGAGAUGCAGGCACUGGAGACGAGGACACGUGCGAGGGGCCGGAUGAGACACACGCCAUUGCUGAUUGGUGGGUUUUGCACGGCAGCUGUGCCCCUGAGCUUUGUGUCAUCGCCACGCGUCGGAUGUACACGUGGUUCUGCGCCUCUCCUGCGGAGAGGAACUGGGCGUUGCACGAGUGUAUCCACGAGAAGCGCCGCAACGGGUUGGACUUCACGAAGCUGACUGAAAUGGUGGAGAUGUGCGCGAACAAGAAGCUCCUGGCGUGUAGACAGAGGAGGAGGGGACUUGUUCUGCCGUGGGGUGAUCUUGAGGAGGGGUUGGACGACGUCCCGGAGCCGCGCAGAUCUGGCACUCUGCCACCGGGGUCAUUGACGGACGAGGAGAUCGCGUGCCAGGUGCGCAGGAUGCAGAGUGCCUCGACGGUUCGCCACCCCCCUGCGGUUCAGACUGUGUUUGGUCGUCGUGCAACUCAUAUCGAGCUGUACCACGAGGAGAUCGAGUAUGCUCCACCCACGGACCCGCAUGCUACAGACGAGAUGGAGGUAGAGCCCUGGACGAACCCGGAGGACUUGGAGCAGAGAGGCAGUGACACACCUGAUAUUGGUGACGAGUCCGGCGGAGAGAGUGAUCAUGAGGUUGCCAGUGAUAUGCAUUCGCGGGAUCGGCAGAGCCAUUGUGAUGUUGAUCGCAUGACCCCUCCCUUGACUAGGAGUUUGUUGACAGAGGCUGCCAGAGCGUUAGGCGAGAUACAGGAGGGCAGGACUGGUGACAACGUCGGUCAUGUUGCCAGGAGGCUACAUAUGGACCCCGAGGACGUGCUUGAGGAGGAGCGUUUGGCACGGAUGGUGUCAGGGUGUGCCACGACACAACGGCUUGCGUUGGAGCAGGACACGACGAGGGCGAGGGAGAUGGGGUGUAGUGUAGAGGAGGUCACUGCCGCCAGACUAGCAGCAGAGUGUAGACACGAUGGUCCUGCAGAUGUUGCAGAUGGUGGAGGACUCUGCACAGAGGGACACGUGGUGGAUCGUGCGUACGACCACCAGGAGGACGCGAGGGUAGGGUUGGGUGGUUUACGUGGGGCCAGCGACACGGUACUACCCACUACUGAUGAGGCGGACGGGGGCGACGGCGCGGCCACGACAUACGCAGGGGGGUUGCUUGGGUGCGAUGGCACGGAGGUGGAGGGGCAGGUGGAUAGAGCACUUGUCGGCGUUGCGGUUGCCGCAAUGGAGGAUGUGGUCGCAGAUCACACUCAGGAUGGUCCUGCCACGGUGGAUGCUAUGGUUGCACAUCGCAACGAGGAGCGACAGCUGGACCUCGGGGACGUUGUUGCACACCCUGUAGAGGCACACGUGCCCAGCAUGUCCCCACUCGAGCGCCACACUGCUGGGAUUGAUUCAGUGAUGGGCAGGAGCAGGCAUAUAUCGAAGAGGCUUUGGAAGGUUGUGCCUCCAUCUUCUUUCGUGCCUGUUAGUCCGCCAGCACCCUCGGGGGUAUCGGGGGAUAUUGGGAAGACUAUGGAGAUGGCCGACUUGUUCGAGCAGUUGACAGGUCAGAGGGUUAUCGAGCCGGGAGGGGUAUCAUGGGGAGCAAGGCCAGUUGCUGCAGGGACACGACCAGCAUGUGCAGGGGCGGUGAGUGGACGGGGAGGUGAGUCUGGUGGCAGUGUUGUGGGCGGGGGAGGUGGUCCCGCAGUUGUUGGCAGACGGUCAGGCCUUUCGGGCGGGAGAGUUGGUUGGGGAGAGGGUUCUGCUGUGCCGUUGACGGCAAGAGGGCGCGGGCAAGUGCAGGGUUCUCCAUCACCUUCAUCGAAGGCGAAGGGGAAGUCCGUAUCGUGGAGCGGCAUCAGCAAGGUCACCCGCAAACUCAAGGAUGCUAUGCCUGGGGUCACGGGUGAGAGGAGGGAUCAUGAGGGGAGGUUGACAGAGAUGUUUGCGGAUGCAGCAGGGUGGGUACGGAAGGGAGAUAGGUUGGAGCAUCCUGGUGCCGGGUCGUCGUGUGCUGGAGAUCGACGGGGCAGCACGAUGGUUGCACCGCCGUCACGACCGCCCACAACAGGUGCGGCACAGCGAGAUGGUCAUCGACGUCCGAAAGGGCGAUCUUCCACACAUGCUUUGCCAGGUGCCCGACCACCCCCAACAUUGGUGGAAGAUGACCCUGAUCUUGUCACUUUGCAGACGAGCCAUGGAGGUUGUAUUUCUACUGCACACAGGAUACUGGAUGAGGAGCCGCGACGUCAGACAGGUACAGGACCGGGCAGUCGUCGAGCUGUUGGGGGCCGCAUGGAGGAUUCCGCGACGGAUGGGGUGCCCAUGCCUAGGGGUAGGAAGACAUACACGACUCUGACUGGCGUUUUGGGACGUUCUAUUGGAGGGGGUGUUGAGAGAGACGCGGAGGUCCAGGAGGCAGAGAGGGUGGCAGCCAGAGCAGUUGCCAGUCAUGCCGUGUCUGCGUCAUAGCAUCCAGGGGAGCGAGAGGAGACGGCGGCGAAGGUGCCCCAAAGGCGGC